AGGGUCAACCUCCAGUAGAGGGUGAGCUGGUCCUGCCUUCUCGCUGUCUCUCCUCUGUUGGAUCCUCUACCUCAACCCUCAUGCUGUGGUUCUCGGUUCUUCAUCCCCACUAACUUUCACAGAUUCUGCAGGUUUUUACCUCCCUUCAUCUCUUCUUCAUUUUCAUUCGGAUCCUUGAAUUCAAGCAGACAACUGACCAAACUCUUAGCCAGCAAGAAUGACGGACAAACCGGUCUCGCCACCUGGAGGCGGAGAUGAUGCCGGCGGCAUCAUGGCGCUGUUGGAGCGCGUGGCGGGCCUCAUGGACAACGUCCAGGCCACCCAGCAGCGCAUGGAGGAGCGUCAGGUGGAGCUGGAGAACACGGUGAAAACCAUCCAGGCCGACGUCGUCAAACUCACCAACGAUCACGCAAACACCAGCUCCACGGUCAGCCGACUGCUGGAGAAAACCCGCAAGGUCAGCUGCCACAUCAAGGACGUCCGGGUUCGGGUGGAGAACCAGAACCUCCGGGUGAAGAAGGUGGAGGCCACGCAGGGAGACCUUCUAGCCAAGAACAAGUUCAGGGUGGUCAUUUACCAGGGUGACCAGGAAGUUAAAGCUGUCGCACCAGGUAACGAGCCGGCAGAGUCCAGCGGUGGAGCUGCAGCAAGACCUGAGGUGGAACCAGACAAGUUUGAGUUCCCUCCAGAGUCGGACGAGGAGUACAUGGUUGUGGAGGAAGCAGACUCCUCGUCAGCUGGCCGGAUGAAGAAGACAGGCAUGACACGCAUCGAGAGCUUCAGAGCCACCUUCUCCAAGGAGAACAUGAGCAAGACCCGAGAGAACCUGGGCACCAAAGUCAACAAACUCGGCGAAUCAGAACGGCGAAAAGGCGAGAAGAUCCGCCAAUCAGGUGAGAAGCUGAAGGAGACCUUCACCAAGACCGUCCCAGCGAAGCUGAACCUGAAGAAAGAGAGAACUGUGGCUGAGGGUCAGGAAGGAGCAGAGGGAGCUGCAGAGGCCGCCGUUCCAGUUCCUCCUCCUAAAGGCCGUAAGAGCAGCCCAGGAGCAGCCCGGGCGGCCGAGGACGAGGCCACGGCGGCCGAGUCCGAGGUACCGAUGUACGACAUGAAGCAGCUGUCAUAAGUCAGGACAGGCGGCCAGUUUUCUUUGGACCUGAGAGACCACAGAGUGAUGGAUGGAUGUGGAGUCAGCUCUGAUCGGAGAGCAGACACUGGAUGGACGAAGGUCUAAGAUUGUAGAAACAGUGGAGAGAAACGAGCAACAAGCAGAUUGAAUCACAUUAACACGACUGAACACUGAGACAAUAAGAUUCCUGAAACCACUGGGAGGUUUGAUUCUGUUUUCAGAUCAUCACCAUCACAUCCACAGGAUCUGGUCAUUUUUGUUUUGUGUUGUUGAACAAAUUGUGAAUGAUUGAAAUGUUUUAGGACUUUAUCACGAGUUCCUCCUGAUGCUGCUGCUGCUCACUUAUUUACAUGUUGAAGUUGAAAUGUUGACAGAUUGAGUUUGUGGAACAUUUUGUUCUCGAAUAUCUUGAAAAAUGAGGGAAAGUGAAGUAAAAUAAAUGAAUUUAUUUGUUUGGAAGUAACAGGAUUUGAUGGUUUGUUCUUGAAGAAAUCUUUGUAGAUUUUCAGAUUUAUAAAGAAAACAAAAACAAGAACUUAAAAAGCUCCUACAUAAAGAAACAACCUCCAGAUUACAGUUUAUAUCAUCAGAUUUAGACGAAUCCCUUUAACAAGUUUGUUGUGAUUCUAUCAAUAAAUGCAAACAAUUCAUUAAUUUUUACUGAACGUAGAAAUUUAUCUUUCUUCAUCUUGAUUUAUUCAUAAUUUUUCUUUUUAAAAAUAAAAGCAGGUGUGUUAUAAUAUUUGUAUAUUGUAGUUUUACAGAUAAAAAUAUUCCACUUGAAGACGAGAAUCAUAAGAAUAAAAUCUAACUUGUCCAGUUUUGAAGGAAAUAACUGAACAGAGAGGAAAGUGACAGUUAAAGGCAAUAAAGAUCUGUGGUUUUACUGAG